GAACCACCCUGUAAGAAAAUCAAAUAUGAUGAGUCUGUGAAUCAACCACAGGACUUUAAUGAAAGCUUGUGUCCUGCUGACAGACAUGAAGUCCUCAACACAUUUAGAUCAAAUCUGAAGAAGAAGUUUGAGUAUCUGUAUGAGGGAACAGCGACGCAGAGAAACCCAACACUCCUGAAUGAGAUCUACACAGAGCUGUACAUCACAGAGAGUGAGAGUGGAGAGAUCAGUAAUGAACACGAGGUGAGACAGAUUGAGACACAAUCCAGGAGAGCAACAGCAGAGGACACACCGAUCAAAUGUAGGGACAUCUUUAGAGCUUUACCUGGACAAGACAAACCCAUCAGAACUGUGCUGACAAAGGGAGUCGCUGGCAUUGGAAAAACAGUCUCAGUGCAGAAGUUCAUCCUGGACUGGGCUGAAGGGAAAGAGAAUCAGGACGUCCAGCUCAUAUUUCCUCUUCCUUUCAGAGAGAUCAAUCUGAUGAAGGACAAAACACUCAGUCUUUCAGAUCUCGUUCAGGUCUUUUUCCCUGAAAUAAAAGAAAUGGAAAUAUCCAGUGAUGAAUAUAAAGUGUUGUUCAUCUUUGAUGGUCUGGACGAGUGUCGUAUGUCUCUGGAUUUUCAGAGUGAUGUAAGGUUGUGUGAUGUAAGUGAAUCAACAUCAGUGGAUGUGCUGCUGACGAACCUCAUUGUGGGGAAUCUGCUUCCCUCUGCUCUCAUCUGGAUCACCUCCAGACCAGCAGCAGCUGAUCUCGUCCCCUCUGAGUGUGUCCAUCGAGUGACAGAGGUACGAGGCUUCAAUGAUCCACAGAAGGAGGAAUACUUCAGGAAGAGAAUCAGAAAAAAGAGUUUGGCAAAAAAAAUAUUCUCACACCUGAAGUCAUCAAGGAGCCUCUUCAUCAUGUGCCACAUCCCAGUGUUCUGCUGGAUCUCAGCCGCUGUUCUGGAGAAGAUGUUGAGUCGAGCAGAGAGUGGAGAGAUUCCCAAGACUCUCACUCAGAUGUACACACACUUCCUGCUCCUUCAGACCAACAUCAAACGUGAGAAGGACUAUGAGAAGAAGGUGAAAGAUGAAGACAUGAUCCUCAAACUGGGGAGACUGGCUUUUCAGCAGCUUAUGAAAGGCAAUGUGAUCUUCUAUGAGGAAGACCUGAGAGAGUGUGGCAUUGAUGUGACAGAAGCAUCAGUGUACUCAGGAUUGUGCACUCAGAUCUUCAGAGAGGAGUUUGGCUUGUAUCAAGGAAAAGUCUUCAGCUUUGUUCAUCUGAGCAUUCAGGAACAUCUAGCAGCUUUAUAUGUGCACCUCUUCUAUGAAAUCAACCGCUCACAGUUUUUCUCUAGUGUGUCCUCUGAAUUGUCAUUGUUUUUCACGUAUACUACUUCUGAUGUUCAUCAGAAAGCUGUGGAUGAGGCUUUACAGAGUGCAAAUGGACAUCUGGAUCUUUUCCUGCGGUUUCUUCUGGGUCUGUCAGUGAAGAAUAAUCAGAUUCUCCUACAAGGACUAAUGAAACAGCCAAGAAGCAGCUCUGACAGGAAUGAGAAAACAAUUGAGUACAUCAAGAUGAAGAUCAGGACCAUUGACUCUCCAGAGAAAUCCAUCAAUCUGUUCCACUGUCUGAAUGAACUGGGUGAUCGUUCACUGGUGGAGGAAAUACAACAGUAUCUGACAUUUGGAACAAUAAAGGAAGCCAAACUCUCUUCAUCUCAGUGGUCAGCUGUAGUUUUUGUAUUAUUGACAUCAGAGGAGAAGCUGGAUGAGUUUAAGCUAAAAGAAUAUGUUGGAGCAGAAAACAAAGCUGAUCACAUUCUUCAGAUGCUGUUGCCUGUGAUUAAAGAAUCCAGAAGAGCUGAGUUAAAUGAUUGUGGUGUCACAGAUCAAGGAUGUGAUGUUCUGGCUUCAGCUCUGACAUCAAACCCUUCACACCUGAGAAAACUGAAUCUGACUGGCAAUAAACUAGAAGAAUCUGGUGUGAUGUGCGUCUCUUUAGGACUAAAGAAUCCUCACUGUAAAUUGGAGAUACUCAGGUUGAGUAAGUGUGGUGUCACAGAUGAAGGUUGUGCUGCACUGACAUCAGCUCUGAGAUCAAACCCCUCACACCUGAGAGAACUGGAUGUGUCUGGGAAUCGACUAGGAGAUUCUGGUGUGGUGUGUCUCUCUUCUGUCCUCGAGAAUCCUCACUGUAAACUGGAGAUACUCAGGUUGAGUAAUUGUGGUGUCACAGAUAAAGGUUGUAUUACUCUGGCUUCAGCUCUGACAUCAAAACCAUCGAACCUGAGAAAAAUUAGUCUGACUGGUAAUCAACUAGGUGAUUCUGGUGUGUUGCAUCUCUCUUCUGGACUCAGGAACCCUCACUGUAAACUGGAGAUACUCAGGUUGAGUAAUUGUGGUGUCACAGAUGAAGGUUGUGCUGCUCUGGCUUCAGCUCUGAGAUCAAACCUGAGAGAACUUGAUCUAUCAUGGAAUAAACUAGGAGAUUCUGGUGUGGGGUUUCUUUGUUCUGGACUCAAGAAUCCUCACUGUAAAUUGGAGAUACUCAGGUUGAGAGAUUGUGGCAUCACAGAUGAAGGUUGUGCUGCUCUGGCUUUAGCUCUGAGAUCUAACCCCUCACACCUGAGAGAAAUGGAUCUGUCUAACAACAAACAAGGAGAUUCAGGAUGUGAACUGCUCACGGCUCUAAUGAAUUCUUCACAUUAUAAACUAAAGAAAUUGCUGUAA